GAGAGAUCAGCUCGAGAUCGUCAGCGUCACCGAGAGUCUCGAGCGGCAACAGCCCGACCGACCCUCCCGCAGUCAACAUGGUGAAGAUCGGCUUCAACUCGCCCGCCGCCCAGAAAACCGUCAAGGACCAGAAAGGGGUACUGCUGGUGCCCGAGCGGGAUCCAGAAGCUGCUACAGUGGAUGGAGGAGCUAAUUCAACUGGAAGAUGUCUUUUUACACUCCUUGGACUUGCUUUCAUCCUGUCUGGGCUGAUAAUUGGUGGUGCAUGUCUGUACAGAUUCAUUGUGCCAAAGAACAAAGUCUUCCAUGGUGCAAUGCGAUAUGUGGAUUCUCAAAUCUUCACGGAUUCCCCAGAAAUAAAGGAUCCCUAUUUCCUUGCUUCAGAAGAUGUGCAGUUUAUGGGAGAUAAUAAUGUGGCCAUGAUUAAUGUCCCAGUUCCAGAGUUUUCAGAUUCUGAUCCAGCAGUUAUUGUGCAUGAUUUUGAGAUGCUUUUGACUGCUUAUCUUGAUUUGGAUUUGGAUAAAUGCUAUGUGAUUAAACUGAAUACUUCAGUUGUUAUGCCACCACGAAGCUUGCUGGAGCUGUUCAUGAAACUUGCGACUGGUGACUACCUUCCCCAGACUUAUCUUGUUCACGAAGACAUGGUUGUGACCCAGCGUAUUGAUAGUGUGGACAAAUUGGGGGUUUUCAUCUACCGUCUCUGUGCAGGGAAAGACACCUACACAUUGCAGCGUAGAGAUACUCUGAAAGGUAUUCAGAAACGUUCAGCAGAAAACUGUCACAAAAUCAAACAUUUUGAAAAUGAGUUUGUCAUGGAAACCGUCAUAUGUGAACCAUGAAGUAUGAACGAACAAAAAGGCUAUUUUCAUCCAGUUGACUGUAGAAGCGUCAUACAUGUGCAGUACACUGAAUAGCCUAUAUAAGUAAUAUGUGACAAUCGGAAGCCUUGUUAUUAAUGCUUUGCAGUGUUUGUAUUUUUGACGCAAAUACUGUUGCUUCACUAAAAGGCUUUCCAAUGUAGCUUCUGUUUGCACUGUUUUCAAUUGGUUGUAUGUUUUAUUUUUCUCCUCACAGAUAAGAUUUCGUUGGUGUUUCAACUAUUCUGAGGAAACCAAACAAUCCAUUGGUUUCAGGGAGUGGAAAGUUUUUUUCUCUCUAAUUCUAGUCCUUCUAUUGUUUUGAAGUUACAAGCAUCAAAUGGAUUAGAGCCCAUGCAACUAUUGCAUUGAGGUUGUAGAUUUGUUGUAGAAAAGUUCACGUGCAUAUUUUAAUAACUUCCCUUUCAAAGUUUUUUGUGAUGUAUCAUGUAGAUGGUUCAUGUAUUUGCACAAAAGUGUACUGCAUAAUUAAAAUAAGCAAAUCUACUGAACAACUUAAACAUUUUACAAUUACAGACUGCUGCUUAAAUGCUUCCUUCUGCUUACAAAUUAGACGUGUAAAAUCCCAUAGACUUUACACUUUUUAAAGCUCCACUGUUUUAUGUCUUGAUUUAGCCAAUGGUGGGAAAAUCUGGAACUGCUAUUAAGUUAAAUGAAACUUGUUUGGCUCAUUGGGCAGCAAAAUGUUAAAACUAUGAAAAAGGGAAUCUCUAAUAGCAUUGAUUCAAUUUGAGUUACUAAUCCUGUGGAGUAUUCAAUGUUUUUCUUAAUAAUUCAGUAAUGUAACCUUUAUUAAAUGUAUUUAAAAUU